CGGAGCGGGCGCUGGCCUCCAGCAGCGGGGUAGGGUGCGCUCCGCGAAGCGGCUCGCCGAAGCUCCUGCGGGGACGAGGAUGGUGGAGGACGGCGGGCAGCGUCGCGGUCGUCGCCGUCGCUCCCCUCCUUCCACUCGGGGCGCUGGGAGGCGAGGAAGUCCUGUCGCGGCCGCCUGCGAACAGAGGAGAGAAAGUAACUGUUCUAUCAGGCAUCUCGUGAGCAAGAAGCCUGUUGGAUCUUGAAGUCCCAUAAGAUCUUAACCUGCUGUUUUUCCAAAACCUUGAUGGUCCCUGGAAGUUGUUUUUUAAACUACGUUCACUAUCAGACCUCUGGCAAAGUUUCCAGCGAAUAAUUCUGCAACUCAGUCAUGAGGCUGCUUGAGGUCAUCUAUUCUGGAUUUAGCUCCGUAGAACAUGGAUGAAGAACAUUAAGGCAUUGUUGGAGCUGGAACUUUCUUUUUUAAAAAACAAAAAAACAAACCCUCCUUUACAGUUAUGUUGCCAACUUAGCUUCUUCUGAAGAUUUUCCUUUUUUCAUCUUUAUACAAAGCUUGAACCACAAUGACUUCGGGUUUGUGGAGUCAAGAGAAAGCGAGCUCUCCCUAUUGGGAAGAACGUAUCUUUUAUUUGCUUCUCCAGGAAUGCAGCAUUAUAGACAAGCAGACUCAAAAGCUACUAAAAAUACCUAAAGGUAGCAUUGGCCAGUUUAUUCAAGACAGGUCUUCUGGCGGGCACAUCCGGAACAAUCCUUCCUCCAAAAGCAAGAAGUUGCAAAUAGGAAUAAAGAUUCUGGAACAGCCCCACGUGGUCCUGUACGUCGACGAGAAAGAAAUCGUCGACAUAGAGGAGAAACGAGCAGAGCUGCUGUUGGCAAUUACCAAUUGCGAGGAGAGAUACAGUAUAUUUAAAAGCAGAGGCAGACUGCGGAAGGGCCUCCACAUCGAUAUCGGCUCCCCAGUGAAAGUGCAGCUGAGAUCAGGAGAAGAGAAAUACCCCGGAGUAGUUCGCUUUAGAGGACCCUUAAUACAAGAGAGAUCCCUGUCUGGCAUAUUUUUCGGAGUGGAGCUUCUGGAAGAAGGUCGUGGUCAGGGCUUUACUGAUGGACAGUACCAAGGCAAACAGCUGUUCAGAUGUGAUGAAGACUGUGGGGUGUUUGUUGCCCUAGACAAACUAGAACUGAUGGAAGAUGAUGACAAUGAACUGGAGAAUGACUAUGCAGCUCCAGUUGACUCAAUGCAGGUAGACCUUCCUCCUUUGGAGCUCAACUCCAGGGUUUCUGUGAAGAUAGGGAAGAAUAUAGAGUAUGGGACAGUUAUAUUCUGUGAUGUCAUACCAGGAAACGAGAGUUUAGGAUACGUUGUUGGAGUGGACAUGGAUAAUCCAAUUGGAAAUUGGGAUGGAAGAUACAAUGGACAACAACUCUGUAGUUUUGCAAGUGUUGAAAGCACACUUCUUUUGCAUAUCAAUGAUGUUAUCCCAGAGGCUGUGUCUCAGGACAGGAGACCUCCCAAACUUGCUUAUACUUCCAGAGGUGGUGGUGACAAAGUUUUUGGUCAUAGCAAGCCAAAGUCUACAGGUGCGCUCUCUGAUCCUGGAAACAGAAACAGAACAGAAUUUUUCUACGCUUUAAAUGGCUCCUCAGUAGAUUCUCAAGCACAGCCAAAAUCAAAAAAUACAUGGUAUAUUGAUGAAGUGGCUGAAGAUUCUGCAAAAUCACUCAAUGACUCCUCUUCUGGAUUUGGAAACGCUUCCCCACCACUGCAGCCGGCCCCGACAAAUAGUUUAUCUUCCGAAAACAGAUUCCAUUCCCUGCCUUUCAGUCUAACCAAGAUGUCAAGCACCACCAACAGUUCUAUAUCACACAGCCCACUCUCCUUAUCUGUUCAGUCGGUUAUUGGAGAGGGGACUUCCGGGGCAACCCAGGAGAAUCCACCGGCCACCGUAGCACCCAUCAACCUGCAUGGCCUUGAAGUUGGCUCUUUAGCCGAAGUGAAAGAGAACCCUCCCUUCUAUGGGGUAAUCCGUUGGAUCGGACAGCCGCCAGGGGUCAGCGAAGUCUUAGCUGGGCUUGAACUGGAAGAUGAAUGUGCAGGUUGCACUGAUGGGACUUUUAAAGGAACUCGUUACUUUACCUGCGCCCCAAAGAAAGCUCUUUUUGUCAAACUGAAGAGCUGUCGACCGGAUUCCAGAUUUGCUUCUUUGCAGCCUGUGUCCAAUCAGAUUGAACGUUGCAAUUCCUUAGCUUUUGGAGGCUAUCUCAGUGAAGUGGUUGAAGAAAACACUCCUCCAAAAAUGGAAAAAGAAGGUUUAGAAACAAUGAUUGGAAAGAAAAAGGGCAUCCAGGGUCAUUAUAACUCUUGCUACUUAGAUUCCACCUUAUUCUGCCUGUUUGCAUUCAGUUCUGUUUUGGAUACAGUCUUGCUCCGACCCAAAGAGAAGAACGAUGUAGAAUAUUACAGCGAAACUCAAGAACUGCUACGGACAGAGAUAGUAAAUCCUCUUCGAAUAUAUGGAUAUGUGUGUGCCACCAAAAUAAUGAAGCUGAGAAAGAUUCUGGAAAAAGUUGAAGCAGCAUCAGGAUUCACAUCUGAAGAAAAAGAUCCAGAAGAAUUUUUGAAUAUUUUGUUUCAUCAUAUUUUAAGAGUGGAACCACUUCUAAAAAUAAGAUCAGCAGGACAAAAAGUCCAAGACUGCUAUUUCUAUCAGAUUUUUAUGGACAAGAAUGAGAACGUUGGAGUGCCUACCAUACAGCAGUUACUGGAAUGGUCUUUCAUCAACAGCAAUUUGAAAUUUGCAGAGGCCCCAUCAUGUCUGAUAAUUCAGAUGCCUCGAUUUGGCAAGGACUUCAAAAUGUUCAACAAAAUUUUCCCCUCUCUGGAACUGAAUAUCACAGACCUGCUGGAAGACACUCCCAGGCAGUGCCGUAUCUGUGGAGGACUUGCAAUGUACGAAUGUCGGGAAUGUUACGACGAUUCAGACAUUUCCUCUGGUAAAAUCAAGCAGUUUUGCAAAACGUGCAAUACGCAGGUUCAUCUUCACCCCAAAAGGCAGAGUCACAAGUUCAAUCCAGUGUCUCUUCCAAAAGACUUGCCAGACUGGGACUGGAGGCACAGCUGCAUCCCUUGUCAGAAGAUGGAGCUCUUUGCCGUUCUUUGUAUAGAGACGAGCCACUAUGUGGCUUUUGUUAAAUAUGGCAAGGAAGACUCCUCUUGGCUCUUUUUCGAUAGCAUGGCUGAUCGGGAUGGAGGUCAAAAUGGUUUUAACAUCCCUCAAGUGACUCCGUGUCCAGAAGUUGGCGAGUAUCUAAAAAUGUCUCUCGAGGAAUUGCACUCUCUGGACUCAAGGAGAAUCCAAGGCUGCGCACGAAGACUACUUUGUGAUGCUUACAUGUGCAUGUAUCAGAGCCCUACGAUGAGUUUGUACAAGUAGAAGUUGAUGACUCGUUAGCAAGGAGCCUCCUCCCAGAGACUUGACUGCGGCCCAAGAAAGCUCAACGGAGCUCUCGGCAUCUCAGCUUGGGCAUCUGUUGCUGGCAACGGAUGCUUCGAAGGGUACGGAAGUCAGAUAACCAGGAAGAAGAAGCAACUAUUGUAACGAAAAGGGGGAAUGGAGCCAUUCUACAACGCGGUGUUAACGUUGCUAAAAUACUUGAGUGUUUUCACUCUUGGAAGUGUGCGUGCAUGUGUGUGUGUGUUUUUUAAAUAAAAAAAAAAGUCUAAAUGAAACGAUUAGGGCGUGUUUCAGAGAAACUCGUUACCUAGACUGAAGAUGACGUCCCCUCUGGAAUGUUCUGCUGAUUCUUCUGACCUUUCACAGCCUAAAGGAAGAGGACUACAUUUUGUAAGUUUCCCAGCGUUGUAUCCAUCGCGUCUGUAAGACAGGCCUUUGACCUUGGCAUCAAGGCUUUUGCUUCUUAUUUUGACCUGGAAUAAGUUAAACCACAAAAAACAAAACAAAACAAAAAAACAAAAAACCCAUCUCUAGUGCACUGAGUAAGGGUAUAAAUGCAGAUAUACAUGAUCAGUCCACAUUGUCGCCCUGGACCAAGAAUGCUCCUUGCUUUCUCUGUAGCAAAUGGGUACCUUCCAAGAAAAGAAAGAAUAUGGAUCCUGCAACCUUGUAGUCGUGGUACUCGGAAUGAGCUCCGGAAGUGGCCUCCCUUGCAAGAUAUCCUCCCAACUUCCUAAGUUCUGUUCCAACCGCUUGAUGCCGUUUGUAAGGUUAUUUCUGAGAAUGUGUGGAUGAACCAGUGUGAUAUCUUUCAGUGGACCCAGCUAAUUCUGAAAGGCAUUCCACUGCUGUCUUCAAGCUUGAUUUCCAUAAUGGAAGAAUCCUGAAAAAACCUGCUUUUUAUCAAUGAGUUUUGGAAACUUUUCAGCAUGUGUUCUGCAUGCCUUAGGGAUCUUGGUCCAUUUUUCAGAAAGUACCCAGUUAACUUGGAAGGUCCAAGGCUAUUUUCCUUUCCUCCGGUGUCAGUGAAAAGACCCUCUGACAGCUUGCAAUUCAGCAUGGUAAACGGGGAUGAGAUUAAUUCAUAUCGGUUCAAGAGCUGUCGUAGAGAUCAUUCAAAAUCACGCCGUUAAGUUAUUUUCCUGUGUUCCAUUAGGUCAGUGUUUCCCAAACUUGACAAUUUUAAGGCAUGAGGACUUCAACUCCCAGAAUUCCACAUGCCUUAAAAUUGUCAAGUUUGGGAAACACUGCAUUAGGUAAUAGUUUAUGUGUUCUCACGCUUCUGCAUCUAAAGGGCAAAUCUGGAUUACGCAAAAAAUCCCGUCUUCUAAUGCGUUUGUUCCACAGUUCUGACGAGGGAAUAUGACUCAAGUUUAAUUCCAUCAAGAUAUUCUUUGCCGUUUCGCUAUCAGUAUAGGCUGCCUUUUAUGGUUAUAGCUUAUUCGCCCGCACGAGACUUUUCGGUACUGUAUGUUGAUUGGGUGGGUUUGACAGUGUCUUCAGCUCUACGACCACUUGCAACAGCCAACUCACCAAGGACAAGAGUUAGACUAAUAUCAAAGAAAUAGUGGGAUAGAAUCAUUAAAGAAAGGGAGCCAAAAUGGAGGGACAAAUUGAAAUGUGAAUGACAACAAUUAAAAUAUUUUUUAAAAUUAUUUUAAAUAAUUAAAUUGAAUUGUUGAAUUGUCCCACAGUGAGUUGGCCAUGGCUAGUUGGUUGCGUCAAAUUGUCCCAUUCUGGUGUCUGCAAAGAAGGGUUGUGAAGGCAAUAGUCAGCAUAUUGUACAUUUGGGAUAAAUGUACCCAUAGACACCAUAUGUAAUAGUAGCAUGUUUACGACCUCAGUUGUUAGUUGUUAUUGCGCACUUACUUAUUUAUUUUUUUGUCUCAGGGAAUGUCACGGAAAUGAAAUCUGUUGUCUGUUAAAUGGAAGGCGAUCGUUGUAUGUUUUCAGUUUUGCGCUUUACAACCUUGCUCACACAUUUAUCUUCUCAAAGGAUGAUAUUGAGCCAGCAUGUAGUUAAAUCAUUUGACUUGCUGUUCAGUACAUGCAAAGGACAUCACUACCUUGUUUUGGAGUAUUCGGUGUCGUAUUGAGUAUUUUUACAAACUGUAGGUGUAAUAGCUUUUCUGCAGUAUGGAGUAAAACCUGCUAUCGUUGCCUUAGGUACAUUUUGAAGACAGCAAAAGGCUACUGUGUAACUGAGAAAAACAAAACAAAACCUGUGAAUGAUGUAGAAACGGAUUGUACAUUAUGAAGUAGAUCUUUUUUUUUUUUUUAAAAAAAUUCAGGAUGGAUGGUGGGUGCUGAAUGACUCUUAAGAUCAGUUUGCUGUAGAGAAACUGAUAGAGUAAUUAGGCAUCUCAAGCUUUUUUCAAUGGUUUCUAAUUGCACAGCAAGACUGCCAACUCAUUGCAUUAAUUCUCAUUUGUGUAACUCAUGCCUGGACGUCCUUCUUGUUCCUACUUACCCUGCUUUUUUUUUUUUUUUUUGAACACUCGUGGGAACUCCACACCUCAGAAGAAGGUUGGGAAGUUGUGGUUUGAGAGCUCCAGUUGGCUGGACUGAUAGGAAAAUGGUGAUCUUGAUGGAACAGUAGGAUGAAGGAAUGUGGGCAGGUAAGGAGCAGCAAUUGAAAGAACUCACAGAAAGAGAACAAGCCCCACAGUUGUGUCUGGUUGCAGGGGUGCAGGCGAAUAAGGAUAGGAACACAUUCAUGCAUCAUCCAGAGUCAUUCUCGGGUCACGUGAGGAUGUGACUCCAAUCCUUGAACAAAUGUUUAUGUGGAGGUGAGAUUAGAAUAAAACAACAGGGUCUAGAAAGAUGGUGGCCAGCUGAAUCUUGGGAAUGGUCUCCAUUUUAAAACAGUCACAUUUGAAGUGGGCGUAUGAGAGAUAUUGUGGUGGUUUUGCUAUAUAAUGGUUCUUUCCAGCUGUUUUCUUGAUACUCCCGUCUGAGGCCGCGUCUUCGCAAGUGGUAGACUCUCCCUUUUGAAUGUACAGUGCAAUAAAACAUACAUGGAAUCGC